AGUUCGACUCCGCUCCGGCAGCAUCCGUCUCUGGACCGGGACACACACACACACACACACACACACACACACACACACACUUUCACACACUCUCACACACACUCACACAUACGCAAAGAGGCUGCGGGGGAAAAGAGAAGAGGCGACAGAACCGGAGGAAGGGAAGAAUCAGUCAAGCUGCUGCUGCUCCACAGUGUGAGGGGGCUCCGUGUUUUACGCAGCCACCAACACGCGGCUGUCCUUCAUUAUUUAAACUGGAGAUCACAGCGGUGAUCCACCGGAGGUCCCACACGAAGAGAUGCAUCCUGCGGGGCAGUGAGGGCAGGAACAUGAUUUGAUCCUCGCUGUGGAUACAUCCAGUCGGUUUUGUUGACGAUAAGAGGGAGCAUGAAGUUUGCGAUCGCGGUGUUGUGCUUCUCCCUGGUUCUCGGGAGGGCUACUAUGCAAGCUCAGGAGGACUUUGUGUCGCUGGCUGAGAUGGAGGAUUCCUUGUUGAGGAACCUUUUCAGGGGUUAUCAGAAGUGGGUGCGGCCUGUCCAGCACGCCAAUGACACCAUCACUGUACGCUUCGGCCUGAAGAUCUCACAGCUGGUUGAUGUGGAUGAAAAGAACCAGCUGAUGACGACAAAUGUCUGGCUCUGGCAGGAGUGGGUUGAUGUGAAGCUGAAGUGGAACCCAGAUGACUAUGGAGGCAUUACCUCCAUUAGAGUGCCCUCAGAGACCAUAUGGCUGCCUGACAUCGUCCUGUAUGAAAAUGCGGACGGUCGCUUUGAGGGUUCCCUGAUGACCAAAGCCAUUGUGCGCUGGGAUGGCACCAUAACAUGGACUCCACCUGCUAGCUACAAGUCCUCCUGCACCAUGGACGUCACCUUCUUCCCUUUCGACCGACAGAACUGCUCCAUGAAGUUCGGCUCCUGGACUUAUGAUGGAAACAUGGUGGACCUGGUCCUGGUGGACCACUACGUGGACCGUAAAGACUUCUUCGAUAAUGGCGAAUGGGAGAUCCUAAACGCCACAGGAGUAAAGGGGAGCAGGAGGGAUGGGGUGUACUGGUACCCGUUUGUCACGUACUCCUUCAUCCUCAAGAGGUUGCCCUUGUUCUACACUCUCUUCCUCAUCAUCCCAUGCCUCGGUCUGUCCUUUCUGACUGUGCUGGUGUUCUAUUUGCCAUCAGACGAAGGAGAGAAACUGUCGCUUUCCACAUCUGUGCUGGUGUCACUCACUGUGUUCCUCCUGGUCAUAGAAGAAAUCAUCCCUUCAUCCUCAAAGGUAAUCCCACUGAUCGGAGAGUAUCUGCUCUUCAUCAUGAUAUUCGUCACCUUUUCCAUCAUCGUUACCGUCUUUGUCAUUAAUGUCCACCACCGCUCCUCUGCAACCUACCACCCCAUGGCUCCCUGGGUAAAGAGCCUCUUCCUUCAGAGACUGCCCAGACUGCUGUGUAUGAGGGGCCACACUGACAGAUACCACUAUCCAGAUAUGGAGAUGCGCAGCCCGGAGCUGAAGACCCGCAAAGGCGCAGGGAGGAGGGGGGUUCCUGGCCACAGUGGCGUCCAGCAGAGAGGCCCCCUUGGAGGGAAGGAGGAUGAGAACCAAGCCUGGCUGGCCAUGCUGGAGAAGGCCACGAAUUCAGUUCGCUACAUCAGCCGUCACAUCAAAAAGGAGCACUUCAUUCGAGAGGUAGUACAAGACUGGAAGUUCGUGGCUCAGGUGUUGGACAGGAUUUUCCUGUGGGCCUUCCUCACAGUGUCAAUACUAGGAACUGUCCUAAUCUUCACCCCUGCUCUGCAGAUGUACCUCAGCACACCUUGAUGAACACACUCACACUUACUCACACACUCCUGUUUUCCAAUUUGUCUUUAACUAUGAUUUAUUGAUAAAGCCCGAUAAAACAUUCAUACUGUGUAUUUCUGUUGUAGAAACAAGCUCGAGCUACAAACUUUUACCUCCCUACAGUAUGGUUUGCAGCUUGUAAUGACUACUGGGAACUGGAAUGUUUUAGAUGCAACUUGUCAUUCAUUGUACGGAGCAUGCACAGGAGUGCAAAUGAGUGAGAGCAAUAAGCAGGUUAUGGUAGCGUGUAUGAUUUGAAUAUACAUGUUUGUAUAACUGUGACAUUGUAAUUAUACAUACAAAAACAUGCACAAUAUCACUUCAUGAAUAAUGAGUUUUUGUGUGUCACAUGCACCUUGUUGUCCAGCCAGUUGUACUCUACUGUAUGUGCUGUAAUGAUGAUCACAAAAAAAAAAAAAGAAAUCUGAUGUACCAAACUAAUUUUUCAGUGUGGUUUUCAUUCUGCUUACAUCCAGGCAAAGUAGGCAACUAGCCCAGGGCCCCAACACUCUCAGGGGGCCCUCAGGGUGGUUGCUCGUGGUUUUACUGAUACAUCUUUAAACUGCAAUAACUUGUUGGAAUGUAAACUGUAAAUUUUCCUUGAUAAUACUCUUUGCACCACAAAGUACGUUUGUAAAUCAAAUGACAGGGACCUCAACACACCUGCUUUAUUACAUAAUCUUAUGAUCCCAGUUCAUAGAAGGGCACUGAGCUAAAAAUCAUAUUCAAAGCUUUUAUUGUGCUUGUACGUUACAUAUUCUGAAUAAAUGC